CUGAUUUUCCUUCUGAAAUUUUACAAACUCGUUCGGAAACCUUUUUUCUCAAGUUAUCGAAUUUAUAUUGUUAAAUGAUUACAAAGAUCCAUUACGAAAUUAGGAACAUUUAAAGCUAGCUACACUUAUUAACCUAAAUUAAAAAUAUUUUUUCGACAUUAAAUCAUAUCAAUUUUUUUAUUAUUUUAUUUUAGAACUGUUCCAAAAUUACAGGAAAUUUGUUUAUCUGAUCCCCGAAUGUCACCUACGGUACAUAUUUCGUACGGAAGGGUGGGCUUAAAGUUUCUGAAAAGAGUGAAAUCAGUCCAACAAUAUGAGGAGUCGAGAAGAGAAAAGGGUGCAGAUUCAAACUCUAUUGAGCGAGGGAUAUGGUGCCUCCCAAAUUUCGAGGAAACUAGGAGUUGCUUACAAUACGGUCAAACUGUGGGAAGGUCGCCGUACCGUGGUGGACAAAAAAAGGUCAGGCCGACCCACAGCAUUCUCCCCUACUUCAAAAUCGCAAAUAACAAGAAAUUUGAAAGAGAAAAUUGGUGGAUCCGUGAGGAAAACACUAAAGAAGCUGAACGAGUCGGCGAGGUAUCAAAAGAAGGGGAAGAAAAUAAGUCGUGCUGCGGUUCGAAAUUACGCAAAAAAGCAAAAAUGGGGCAAAACGGCUUACAAAAGACCUAAGAAACAGAUUCUGACUCAAAAAAAUAUUCAGGACCGAUUAAAAUUCGGCGAAACAGUCAAGAGAACGGGAUACUUGGGUGACGACAGACGGGCGCAGCAGAAACGCUCUCACAUUCUUUUCACUGAUGAAACCUGGCUGGAGGUGUCACCAACUGUUAUGGUAGCUGGUGGCUUCUGUGCUCAAGGAGUUACAAAGCUGCAUAUGGUAAGUGGAGGUACCGUAAACGCUGCAUACUACAAAGACAAGAUCCUCCCACUUUACAUUAAAUGCAUGAAGGACCCAACUUUAUUCCCCCAACAACAGAAGGUCACCUUUCAGCAAGAUGGAGCACCAGCACACACUGCAAAAGUGACCACCAAAGUUUUGGAGGCGCUCCUUUUGACAGUGUGGGGGAAAGGGGUGUGGCCCGGAAAUUCACCAGAUUUGAAUCCUCUGGAGAAUUUAUGA